AUGCAAACAUCAGGAAGAACUGUCGUAUUGCAAUCAUCUCAGGCUGUAUCUAACACAGAUGGAUCACAGGGUGGUGAUACAUCAUCAACCGACAUCGAACUUCCAAGUCAUCCAUCACUAUAUACUCUUCCACAUCAACAUCCCAACAAUCGAGACCCAUGGAAUCGUCCUGAUGUAACAAUCGGAAGAGGCCCAUCGGAUCUUCGAAAUGCUUCUCGAACCAUCGGUCGUCAGAAGACACUCACUCGCAACAAUACCACAACAAACAGACGUCUCAGACCUAUGAUGAGAAGUGAAAAUGAUGCACCGCCUAUGGCACGAUCUGGUGCAACUAGUAGUCGUAAAGCAUCACCUCUAUCUAGACAACCAACAGGUCGUAAAGAUAAUCAACGAAGCUGGUGGACCAUUACGUCUCUGAUCAUGACGUGUCUAUGCCCAUCCCCUUUGCUUCGAGCCAUGGGUUUGAAGACAAAGCAAGUCGAACAGGCAUGGCGUGAAAAAGUGGCUCUAUGUAUGAUCAUAUUUUUACUUUGCGUGACUGCCGCAUUCUUGACAUUUGGUCUACGACGAACCUUGUGUCCUCCAGGAGCAGAGCCCACUUCUCGCUUCAAUCAAACCUUCGACACCUUUCCAAAACCACUUGUAUUCUUCCCUAAUUAUAUCAUCGCAUUUGGUUUAUUGUAUGACUAUGAUACUCUUGCCAAUGAGUUGGCUUUCAAACAAGGUGUCUUCUUGACUGACAAUUGGAGGGGUGCUGAUCUUACCGCUCUCUUCGCGCCACGUGUCGAUGCUUGUAAUGCCUUUACAUCACUAUCUUACAAUUGCACGAUCGCUGAUCCAAAAGGACUUGGCCCUGCAAUUCCAUCUUCAGGAGGAUCAUGUCCACCAGCAAGCCUCUUGGCUCCUUUGAAGUCUGAUUAUCGUCUCUUUUUCGACUGGGACGAUGUCGCUCAAGGCAUUGCAGAUCCUGAUAAACUCACCGUCUUCAAUGGUAUAGUCCUGAACCUGACCCAAUACCAAGUCAACCCUCGAGGUCAAUUUUUCUCCAACCUUACUGGUGUCAUGAGAAGGCUUGAGUCUGCAGUAGGACGUGACGGUACCAAACUAUUCUAUCAGUCUCAAUCCCAAUUAAGAGCCACAAAUUGCCUACAGCAACAAUUUGUCUCUGGCUUUGUCGACAAAGAUACCAUUGGUUGCUUUGCCGCUUCAAUGAUUGUCGCCAUGUCUGUUGGGGUCAUAGGAAUGAUUGUCUUCAUCAAGUUUGUUAUGGCCAUUGCCUUUCAUUGGGUUAUCUCGCAUGCCUUGACCAGACCUCGUGUUCGCCGCUUCGGACCAUUCUUUACGUCUCGAUACACUACCGCCUCUACUCCAAUCGUCUCGAAGAGUCCAGAUCUCUCGAGCGAUGGUAGCCUCAACAAGGAUGAAGACGACUUUUACGUCUUUCUAUUUGUCACAUGCUAUUCUGAGGGUGAAGAGGGCAUUCGUGCUACUCUGAACUCAUUGGCAGCAACAGACUAUCCUGAUCGUAGGAAGAUGCUCUUUAUUGUUUGUGAUGGACAGAUCCAAGGAGCUGGGAAUGAUAAAUCUACUCCAGAUAUUGUUUUGACUAUGAUGGAAAGUGAUCCUCGAUUGGGUGUACCUCAUCAUCAAUCUUAUAUCGCUAUUGCUGAAGGAGAACGACAACACAAUAUGGCUCAAGCUCAUGGUGGAUGGUAUACGAUUGAUGGCCAUCGAGUACCCAUAAUGGUCAUCGUCAAGACUGGAACACCCAAGGAGAGAACUGGUCGCAAAGCUGGCAAUCGUGGCAAAAGAGAUUCUCAACUAUUGUUUAUGAAUUUCUUGUCACGAACUCUACUCGAUGAUCGUAUGACCCCUCUUGACUAUGACAUGUUUUGGAAGAUUCAUCAUCUUUCACUUCAUACUCCUCACAAAUUUGAAGCAGUCUUGAUGGUGGAUGCAGACACAUCAGUCAAAGCAGACUCUUUGACCCACUUGGUCAAUGCCUUGCAAAAUGAUGUAGACAUCAUUGGCUUAUGUGGCGAGACUCGUAUCUCAAACAAGAGGCAAUCAUUCGUCACCUUGAUCCAAGUUUUCGAAUACUACAUCUCGCAUCACUUGGGCAAAGGCUUCGAAUCUGUAUUUGGAGGCGUCACUUGUCUUCCUGGAUGCUUUUGUAUGUAUCGCAUCAAAGCUCCUAAAGGACCAGAGGGAUACUUUGUACCUCUCUUGGUCAAUCCUGACAUUGUAGAAGAAUACUCUGAGAAUGUCACAGAUACUUUACACAAAAAGAAUCUGCUCUUGUUGGGUGAAGAUCGAUUCUUGACCACACUGAUUCUACGAAACUUCCCUAAACGAAAGAUGGUGUUUGUGCCGCAAGCAAUUUGCCAUACACAAGUUCCCGAGACGUUUAGAGUGCUGUUGAGUCAACGUCGUCGCUGGAUUAAUAGUACUAUACACAAUCUCAUGGAACUUGUACUUGUAAAGGAAUUAUGUGGUAUCUUUUGUUUCUCUCUUCAAUUCGUCGUGGCAAUGGAAUUGUUGGGCACAGCAAUAAUGCCAAUCGCUCUCAUCUUCUUGUUUUCGCUGAUCAUAUUGGCAGCAGCAUUCAACCAAUUUGAUCCCAUCACAUUGAUCAUGUUGAUAGUCAUACUAGGACUACCAGCAAUCCUCAUUGUCAUCACCACACGAAAACUCAUCUAUGUCGGGUACAUGAUGUUUUAUCUAUUAGCACUGCCAAUAUGGCAAGUAAUCUUACCUAUAUACGCCUUCUUACACUUUGAUGACUUCUCUUGGGGUGAAACUCGAAAGACCGAAGGAGAUGAUGGCAAAGGAGGUCAUGAUGCUGGUGAAGGAGAAUUUGAUUCGAGCCAAAUUGUGCUCAAGAAGUGGGUUGAAUGGGAAAUAUUCAGACGCACUGGUGAAAGUACUCCAACGAGUAAGAUUUUUCCAGUUGAAGUACGUAAAUUGCCUUUCUCUGCUGAACAUUCUGUAUAA